AUUUUUUUCACUAAUCCAAAAUGUGAUAACAACAAUGUCUCCCCUGCCAAUGUGCACAGCUCAGAGUACAAACAGCAACUUGACAGACGCUUCUGCUGGCAGCAUGUGGACGUAUCGGAUGAUAAGGUGGACUAAAGCCUAUAAAUACAGCUGCCCGAGUCUCCCGGUGAGCCAGUGUUAAAACUCUGCUGCACCACCUGAUGAUCUCUGCUGUCUCAGACCACACCGUCCUCGCUUCUGCGUGUCAUUAUUUCGCUUCAACUCUUCUUACAUGGAAAGAAGCGCCGCCAGAAGAGACGUUUUCUCAUGUCUGUUCAUGUGUGAAUUAACCGCGUCCUCGAUCUAUUAACACGAUGUUUCCCUGUGCGUAAAAUGCCGCGCUUAGUGCGUCCUGGCGCGGACGAUUCCUUGGAAAAUGUGCGGUGUGAGUCGCGCUCCCUUCACGCCCCGCUGCUGUGGAUCGGUGCUGAGCAGGAGUGGCAUCUCGGCGACAAAAUCUGGAUGAAAGAGCGUCCUUUAGAGCUCAGGCAUGCAUCGAGUAGUGAGAUCAUUGGCGUUAUAAAUAUCCCCGUGCCAGCAGAACAACUCCAGCUACUGCAGCCGGGGUAAUGCCCAGGAGCGCUGCAUGCGUGUGUGCGCGUGGCUCGCGGUGCCCAGACCAUCAGGAGCGACACCAAAAAAUGCUAGAAGUGGCGUAGCGAGGGUCUCCUUUUUGGAAGAAUGAAUGUUCCUCUUUACCUUCUGACCGUCGCUCACUUGUUUUGCGCCGCCGCCGGAGCAGAGCACGUCUCCUUGGAGCGCCAACUUCUGGAGGAGGGGAUCAGGUCUGGACGCAGGACUUGCAGGCUCUACUGUAGGGUUGGCAUCGGCUUCCACCUCCAGAUUCAUCCCGACGGCAGAGUCAACGGCAGCCAUGAGCCCAAUCAGCUGAGUGUCCUGGAGCUCUUUGCGGUUUCUCAGGGGGUCAUCGGCAUCAAAGGGGUCUACAGUAACAGAUUCCUGGCCAUGAAUAAAAGAGGACGGCUCUAUGCCACCGAGUGGUUCACAGAUGACUGUAAGUUCAGGGAACGUUUCCAGGAGAACAGCUACAACACUUACGCCUCAAUAAUCCACAGGAACCACAGGACUGGUCGCGAGUGGUUCGUGGCCCUCAAUAAGAGAGGGAAAGCCAAAAUGGGCUCCAGCCCUCGGGUCAAAUCCCAGCAUGUCUCCACGCACUUUUUGCCGAGGGUCAGCCUGCACGACAAGAGCGAGCGAGGCUUCACCAUCACAGACAGGAGCAAAGAGCGGAGGAAAACCCCGCCGCCACCGCCGCCAAAACCUCCUGUGGCAAAGGUCGUACAACCAGCGACACCACCGAGACGUACACAAGUCAAGUACUGGCCCAAGUAUCGGUUUGGAUAAAUGUCUAUCUGGGGUACAGAGUUCAAAAACACUUAAACAUACAAGUGAUGGACGAGCCCAGAUAACUGAUAACGGUCAUUUCUGACAUUCAAAGCAUUCCGGGUAUCUGUGAAGUGUGUGAAAACCUCAAAGGGCUGCCAGGUGCAACUAUUGAGCUUCUCUUUAGCGAGGCUAUGAUCGUAGUUGGGAGUUUCCGCUCGAGCUGAUGACGCUCCGUCCUGUUUUAUGUUAUCAUUUGUGUACAUGGUGAACAUUAGCAGCACCGCAGGCUGAGAAAAGGUCCUUUAAAAAUAUCAGUGUUAAAGCUGAAAUCCAUAACUCUCAUACUCUUGGUGAGACGUAUUUGAAUUUAAUUUUAAGUUGUGCAUCAAAGAAUGAAAGUCGUCCAUGUUUGUUUUGUUUCUUGCUAACUGAACAAAAAUGUCUUCAAAUACUGAUGUCAUGCUGUCCGUUAUUUGUUCGUUAGUGGGAGGCUGUACAAUAUUAUUUUGGGGGAAAAUACAGACCUUUUUUCAAAAAAAUUUUUUGUUUUUUCUUCAUCACAGAUUUCUAAUUUAAUUCCACAAUUUUUAUGCUUCGAGCUGGCAAUAGCCUGUCUGUGCGUCCCCAUUUUUGUAAAAGCAAUAUCUCAAGAGCAUCUUGAGCAAAUUUCUUCAAAUUUGGCACAAAUGUCCACUUGGAUUCAACAGUUUUGGUGAUUAAAGGCCAAGGUCACCUUGUAUUUCUGAUUUUUAUGAACAGACUAUCUCUAGAGGGCCAUAAGGGAAUUUCCACAAAUUUGGCACAAA